CUCGGCCCCGCCCCCGGCGCGAGCGGUUAAAUCCCCCCCACCCAGGCUGCGGCUCACACCUGCACCAUGCCUGCCUGUCGCCUCGGCUUGCCGGCCGCAGGCCUUCUUCUGGGGCUGCUGCUGCUGUUUACCCACCUCUCAGAUGCAGGUGCGGGAGCAGAGAAACCCGGCGUGUGCCCCCAGCUCCAAGAGAGAACUGACUGCGCAAAGGAGUGCUCCUCGGACGACCAAUGCCUCGACAAUCUCAAGUGCUGCCAGGCUGGCUGCAGCUCUUUCUGUUCCAGUCCUAAUGGACUGAACGAGGAAAAACUCCGGGAUACUAUUCCAUCAGCCAACCAGACUUCUCCAUCAGAGGGAGGUCAAGUCUCCACCACGCCACCACCACCACCGACACAGCCACCGGCUGUGGCAGAGGAAGAAAGUAACCUUGAAAAGCAGGGCGCCUGCCCUAGUGUGGACUUCCCCAAGCUUGGUAUCUGCGAGGACCAGUGCCAGCUGGACAACCAGUGUCCUGACAACAUGAAAUGCUGCCGCAAUGGCUGUGGGAAGAUGACCUGUGCCACACCCACAUUCUGAGCUUCAGCCACCACCAGCCCGAGGAACGGGAGAGGAUGCUUCUGCUGGAUUGUGCAUCUGGUGUCAUUCCUGUGGCCUCCCUUCUCUCUGGCCUUUGUGUUUCUUCCUGGACCCUCCAAAGCAUCUCCCUUUUCCAACCAAUAAAGUGAUCACUUUCAGCAAUGGAGAAGCCAUAA